UGAUCUUUCUUCGCUAACUAUGCUACGGUUAAAGUAACAGUUCGGGAUUGUCUUUUCGCCUCAGUCCGUUUCACCGAGUGGAAAUAAAUAGUGCGUGUGUUACUGUUCGCGCGUAUUCGCAAAUUGAGUUUAAAUUUUAUUCUUAUAGGUAUUUUCGUUCAAAAACUUGAACCAUCAAAAUGGCAGAUGAUGAGAGGAAAAGGAUCGAAGAGGCAAAGAAGGCCAAACAGGCCGAAAUCGACAGGAAGAGGGCCGAAGUCAGGAAACGUAUGGAAGAAGCUUCCAAAGCCAAAAAGGCCAAGAAAGGUUUCAUGACCCCUGACAGAAAGAAGAAAUUACGUUUACUAUUGAGAAAAAAAGCGGCCGAAGAAUUGAAAAAAGAACAGGAAAGGAAAGCAGCUGAAAGAAGAAGAAUUAUCGAAGAACGUUGUGGAACGCCAAAAGAUGUCGAUAACGCGAGCGAAGAGCAACUCAAGUCAAUCAUCAAGCAGUAUUAUGAUCGCAUGUAUAAGUGUGAGAGUCAGAAAUGGGACCUGGAAUAUGAGGUCAAAAAUCUUGAUAAGGAGAUCGCCGACUUGAACAGCCAAGUUAAUGACUUAAGGGGAAAAUUCGUAAAACCAACCUUGAAAAAAGUUUCCAAAUACGAAAAUAAAUUCGCAAAGUUACAGAAAAAGGCCGCGGAAUUUAAUUUCAGAAACCAACUGAAAGUGGUGAAGAAAAAAGAAUUCACUCUUGAAGAGGAAGACAAAGAAAAAAAACCAGAUUGGUCGAAGAAAGGAGACGAAAAGAAGGGCGAAGGAGAAAGCGAAGAUGAAAGCUGUGCCACCCACGACGAUACAGCCACCAUUGGUGAUAGUGACCAUACUGAUCUUGAUGGUAAAUCCGAUGCUGGAAUUUCCGAAGGGUCACUAUGUGCUACACCUGAACCCAUUCUAGAAGAACCUGUUAUAGAGGAACCGGAACCUGAGCCAGAACCUCCUUCUCCUGCACCAGAAGAAUUAUGGACAUAUUUGAAAGAAGUUGUCACCCACGAUACCGUCUCGUCUGUGGAUGACCUCUUGGAGAAACUAGUCACCACUGUUAGUGCUAUUCCUGAACCGUAUUUGAAAUCAGUCGUCAAAGAAAGUAUCAAGAAACAAAAAUCCAUCGAGGAAGACGAUUUUCAUAUCGAGGGAGCUGAAGGAGCUCCCGCAGAAAACGGCGACCCAUCAGCUGCACCUGCAGAAGGAGCCCCCGCUGAAGGCGCUGGAGAAGCACCUGCUGAAGGAGCUGGGGAAGCACCGGCCGAAGGUGCUCCACCAACUGAUGCACCUCCAGCUGCAGAAAAUGCUCCAGCUGCAGAAGGCGCUGAAAGUGUGCCGGCUGCUGAGCCAGCUCCAGCAGAAAGUACACCGGAGCCAGCUCCAGGAGAACCUGCACCUGCUGUGGAGGCUCAACCUCCGAUGGUAGAAGCUGCUGCUUAAACAUGAAGAUACUUGCUGAAAUCAGUAAAAAAAAAAAUCUUAAAAAUAGAAUCACAGAUCAGUCGAAAUCAUCACGUGUCAAAAAGGUAUCACUCGUGACAGCGCAGAUUCCAAAUCAGCUUCGUCUUCAACCUCCCCCCCCCCCCGUAUAAAUAUAGCAUUUUUAUUACUGUAAAAAUUAAAGUAAUUUUUUAAGUUGAUCAA